UUGCUUGCAGUCUAAACAAUCACCCUAACUCAUCACCAUCAUCAUCCCCUUUCUCUUCCACCUCCGCCGAGGGGGCUUUCUACAGACGAAUUCCUCCUAUAUCUCCUUCUCCUCCUUCUCCAUUUCCAUCUGCUACUGAGAUCCAAGCAUUCUGCAAUGGCGAAGACGGUGUUGAUGCUCGUCCUGGUAGGGUUGUGUUUGAUGGCUGUUGAAGGGAAGUCGAAGGAGAAGGUGUGUGAUAAGGGAUGGGAAUGCAGCAACUCCAAGUAUUGCUGCAACGAAACCAUCACUGAUUUCUUCCAGGUUUAUCAGUUUGAGAACCUCUUCGCUAAGCGCAACUCCCCUGUUGCUCAUGCUGUUGGGUUCUGGGACUAUCAUUCUUUCAUCACCGCCGCUGCUCUCUAUGAGCCUCUUGGAUUUGGUACUACUGGUGGUAAGCAGAUGGCGAUGAAGGAGGUUGCUGCGUUUCUUGGCCAUGUCGGUAGCAAGACUUCAUGCGGCUAUGGUGUUGCAACUGGUGGUCCUCUAGCAUGGGGACUAUGCUAUAAUCAUGAAAUGAGUCCCAGCCAGAUAUAUUGCAGUGACGACUACAAAUAUCCUUGCACCCCUGGAGCUGAGUACUAUGGUCGUGGUGCUCUCCCUGUGUACUGGAACUACAACUAUGGAGUAAUCGGUGAGGCCAUCAAGAUUGAUUUAUUGAACCAUCCAGAAUACCUAGAACAGAAUGCUACCAUUGCUUUUCAAGCUGCUAUGUGGAGGUGGAUGACUCCGAUGAAGAAGAAGCAACCCUCUGCUCAUGAUGUGUUUGUAGGUAACUGGAAGCCCACCAAGAAUGAUACUUUGAACAAGAGGCUGCCAGGUUUUGGGGCUACCAUGAACAUUCUCUAUGGGGACCUUGUUUGUGGGAAGGGCUUCCCUGAUGACAUGAACACCAUCAUCUCACACUAUCAAUACUACCUUGAUCUGAUGGGUGUCGGCCGUGAUUACUCCGGGGAUAAUUUGGACUGCUCAGAACAGGUGCCUUUUAACCCAUCUAGUGAUGAGAAAGCAUCCUCUUAAGCAACCAAUUGUUGAAGCAUUCAGUGUCUUGUUUGAUCCUCAUUGAGGGUGCAAAAGAGUAAAUAAGUGGUUGUGUUGUUUACCACCCACCCCAUUGCAUUCGUUCUGUUUUCAAGUAUUUGUGUGAAACAAUGAUUAUCUUCUUUCUUGUAGCAGGUUCAAUGUUUAUGUUCCCUAUUUUGUAGAUACAUACCAUUAAGACCAAAUACUGUAUAUCCUACUUUUGCAUGUGAAGACAUUUUCAGUUGUUACUGUUUUUAGAGGUGGCGAUUUGAUCAAGUAAAUUGUGAA